CCCAAUACCGGGAGCUCUAUACCCUGAAGUAUUCCGACCUUUUGAACACCAUCAUUGGAGAGGAGCGCAAGCAUGUCCUUCUUCGAUUUCCUGGUAUCCACAGGACUGGGAGUUACUCCCCAAGAGCUGUCCGCUAUUCAGAAAGCUACCGAGCGAAAGAAGAAGCAGAAAAGCUCUAUCUCUAGUGCCUCGUCAUCACCACAAGCUGAGAGCUCAGCCUCGGGAUCAAAUUCAAGUACAAGUCCCAACGAGACAUCCGAAGGAGGAGGAUCGGAUAAGGAAACGAGGGAAGCAGAGUCUGAGGGAGUUACCUAUCAAUCACAGGAGACGAGGGUAGAGGGUGAAGGAGAAUUACCGUCGUAUAGUGCAGCGACUGGAGAGCCACCUGCCUAUUCGAGGGAGUUGAGAUGACAAACUAGAAGGAAAUUGAUCUUCGUGGUAUUAGGCCGUGUUUUGAUAGACCAUUUGGGCCCCGACAUUGAUAAUGAGUGAAGGGGGCUCCUGUCCCUCUGGAACAUACAGACUGUGCUCGGAAUUGAAGUCGUCAUGUAUUGUUUGAUGUUGGUGAUGAGAAGACGUUGUUCUGUUUUUGGUUACUAGCUGGUCCACCUCCUGUUUUGCUCUGGGUUCGCGUAGGCCAGUGAUCUGAAAACUUUCGGCGCUUCGCCGCCUGGGUUGGAUAGAUAUUUAGCGUCAAACGCUAAAUCAGGUCCGUCCUCUACUGGUGCGGACCUGGAAAUACAGAUUCAUGUCGUACAUGUGGAUGGUGAUGUCUCACAUUGUGACUUGAGUAUCAAUACUUUACUUCGAAUAAACAGCUUCUCAAUUUCUGC